AUGGCAGAGAGCGCCGAGCUCCAGCCAAGUUUUGAGGACGUUUUCAACAUUCUAUCCCAAAUCCCCCACGAUAAACUCCUGAGCCUCAAAUAUAAACUGAAGCACUUGAUUUUUGGGCCCAGCAGCAAAUUACUGCAAGCCAUGGUCCUUCUUACUCUGGGGCAAGAAGUGGAUGCAAGAAUUUGUUUGGAUGACUUGGGAGACAACCAGGCAGCCCGGUAUGUCCACCAGACCAAACUGGGCGCUGCAGGAGCGCAGGAAGAUGAGGAGGAUUUGCAGCCUCCCCAGCUGGAUGCAGGUGCCACGGCGCUUCUGGCACAGAUCUACUCGGUGCUGGAAAAGGAAAAACUGUGCAGUCGGGAAGCCCUGGACAAAGCCCAUCAGGCUGCCACCAAAGCCCGUGACACCAGCAAGGAAACUCAGGGGGACACGCUCAACAGCAUCCCAGCUGAGGACCGGGAAAAACACGGCUCUGCUAUCAGCAUGGGCUCAGGUGACGAAUUUCAGACGCUGAGAUCUGAUGUGGACGUAGGAUUUCUCCCCAGCCCGAACUACGUGGUGAGAAGUUCCCCGGUGCCGAUUGGAGGCAACUCAGAGCUUUCAGGCCCACGGACCUUACGCCCUUUGGGGAGUCUCUCCUUCUCCAGUUGCUUUGAGAUCAGCGCAUCACCAACAGCUGUUUUUCACACCCAGCCUUCCUCCCAUGAGCGCGUCCCCCAGCCCAACCGGCUGUGCGAAGGGACGACCAGCGGUGCUGGACAGCCCGACGGGGACACACAGAGCCACGACCUGCAGGAAACAAGCUGGGCCAGCAGACCCAACUCCCAUCCCGGGCCCAACACAGGUGCCCAAGUCCCCCAGCCAGAGAAAGCUCUGCAGGUCAGUUCAUGUCAUCCAACUCUCUCUCCUACGGAAACGCAGCUGCCCACGCUGGGUGCUGGGAUCCAACCUGACGAAAGCAGUGAUGUUUCCAGCACGGUGGCAGCAGACCCUCAGGCACCAGAAGAAAGCACAGACAAAAAGCAAGAUGAAAAGCAAUUAUCUACAGGUCUUCCUGACUUAAGAGCUACAGUGGAGACUAGUCCUGCCCACAAGUCCACAGAGGACUCCUAUGUUCCAGCAGGCAUUUCCUCUAACUCUGCAUCUGCUUCCAUUUCAGCCUGUUCCAUUCCUCCUCCUACCUAUUCCUUCUCCACAACCCUUCCCUCUCCUCUUCAGGGAGCUCCUUCCAACUCAGCAUAUCCCCCUCCCCUCCACUCAUCCCCUUCUCCAGCCUGGCCUCCUCCUCUCCAAGGUGUAGAAGCAGUGCCCACAUCAGAGCCAGACAGUGGAAAGUUCUUCACUUUCGUUGUCAUGCACGCUAGUCAAGACGAGAUUAUCGCCCAUCGGGUCAAGAACCUGCUGGAGAGCAUGGGGGUUCCCAACGGUGCCACACUCUGUGAGGACUUCUUCAUUGCUGGACGCAGCCAUCUGACUUGCUUCCAGGAUGCUAUGGAAAACUCUGCCUUCAUCAUCCUUCUGCUAACCAAGAACUUCCCAUGCGACCUGUGUAUGUUUCAGACAAACACUGCUCUGAUGGAGUCCAUCCUGAAACCAUCCAAGCGUGACUCUGUCAUCCCUUUUGUGCCUAAGGAGAACCCUCUGGAGCGGAGUCAGAUUCCCCUCACACUUGGUGGGCUGAUGCCCUUGGAUGAGAACUCUCCUGGGUUCUCCAGGACAGUGCAGAACACCUUUACCACCCGCAGGAUCACGCAAAGGAAAGCCAUGUGGGACCUGACGCAGAGAAAGAAACUUCAGUUUUAUCAGGAAUCGUAUCAAACACUGCAGAACUUCGCUACUCUGAACCUCGGCUCCCUUUCCCAGGUGCCUCCAUCAGCAACACGGCCACAGCUGCUGGAGCGAUCACCCCAGCAGUGGUGCCCCCGACCUUCAACUGUCCCUCCUGCCACAUACCCACCUCACCCUGUGGCUGCUCAGAUGGAUCCCCCUCCUUUCCAACCACUUCAUCUCCCACCAGGCCACUACAACAUGAUGCCAGGCACAGGAGGCAUCAUCAUUCAACACGCUCGAAUGGUUCAGAUCGGGAACCACAACACGAUGCAGGUGGAAACUGUCACACCAGGUCCAGAGGCCAGUGGGGAAUAA